CUUCUUUCUUUCCUUCCAUCACCUCUUCUCCUUCUUUAUGUCUUCCGCUAUUGACGAGAAAUGGAUUGGCCUCGCUCUUGCCAUAUCUAGCUCGAUGGCUAUUGGAAUGAGCUCUAUCAUAACGAAGAAGGGCCUCAACGCUUCGGGAGAUAAUGCAUCUGAUACGUACACGUAUCUCAAGAAUCCGAUUUGGUGGGCUGGGAUGUUCACUUUGUUCUUGGGCGAAGUCGCUAACUUUGCUGCCUACACGUUCGCACCACCGAUUCUCGUGACACCGUUGGGAGCUCUCAGCGUUUUGAUCGGGGCGAUCCUCGCUUCAUUCCUCCUCAACGAGCACCUCGGCCACCUAGGUCGUCUCGGUUGCACUCUAUCGCUCCUUGGUUCUCUCAUUAUCGUUCUCCACGCUCCUGAAGACAAACCCAUAUCCACGAUUACAGAAAUUCUCAGCUAUGCCUCCCAACCAAUAUUCCUUCUUUACGUCUUUUUCGCCAUCGUUUACAUCACCUUCGCCAUAUUUUACCUCUGUCCUCGCUAUGGCCAGAAGAACCCGAUUGUGUAUAUUUCCGUGUGCAGCAUUGUGGGGUCCAUUAGUGUCAUGGCUAUCAAAGCAUUUGGGAUCGCAGUCAAACUGACGUUCAAGGGCAGCAAUCAAUUUGUAUACCCCAGUACCUGGGCGGUAGGAAUAGUCGGCGCUGGGUGCAUAUUGAUGCAGCUGGUAUAUCUGAAUAAGGCGCUAGACAGGUUUAGUGUCAACAUCGUCAACUUGAUAUAUUACGUGUUCUUUACCACGUCCACAAUCCUUGCCUCUGUCAUUCUUUUUCAAGGAUUCAACACCACCGAUGUUACUAAUAUCAUCUCUUUACUAUCGGGAUUCGCUGUCAUUCUUCUCGGGGUCUAUGUCCUCAACUUGUCGCGCGAAAAUAAGGCCGGGAAUCUGGGUCAACCGGAUGUUUUGAGGAACUCAUUAGACGGAUGGGGAACGAGCGGUCGACCAAGCCAGACAUGGAGAACCCCUACCCGAAGAAGAGGCGAUGAUGAAGAGAGGAUUAUGCUGAACAGCUUUGCUAUCGGUGAAGAUGAAGAUGAAGGUGUACAAUGCCCACCAACUCCCCGCCGGUCGGAGGACAUGACGAGGACAUCCAUACAAAUUCCCACUAGAGGAAACAGGCCCUUGUAG